GUGGAGGUGGGCCCUUUUUGUUAGCUCUGCUAGGUUGGGCUUCUAUGAAAAUGUUGAGGGCCGCGUUAUUUUGAGCCACGAGUACGCAGCUGAAGGAGGAUUUUCAUCGUCAAGGUGGUAUUUUAUAAAUUUUUGCGACUGUAACGUAGCCUAGUCAGAUCCGAACGUUGUGGAACAGACGACACUUCCAGGUCAUUUUACAGUAUUUCGCUUUAUCGUCAAGCGAAAAGGUCUAAGCUGGAUCAUUCUGUAUUUGUCUCGUUGAAGUUGGUUUGGAUAAUUGAAGAACACCAAAGCUGCGUGCCGAUGAUACUGAACAAUACUUAUAAUUUGCUUCGCGUUAGAAGUCCUGCUUAAAUUUUGGACAGUUUAAAAAAUGACGAAGUCUGUCAAGCAACGUUUUAUGAGUAAGGCAAGAAGCUGGAAAUUUAUUUGGAAAGGUUUACCAUUUUUGGCAGCUGGUGGUGCCACUUUGUUACUUGCAUAUAAAAUUCAGCAAAUCAAAUUCGAAUUCGGUCCAUCCUCUUGUACACUUGCUGAUGCUGAGGAAAUUAGUCAGUUUUUGAACACCAGAGGAAUUAGCAAUCGACAGGAAAGUAUAGAAACCGUUUAUCAGGAACUCGUCAAGAAAAACGACGACAACUGGGAAAAUAUUCGAGGACCACGUGAUUUGGAGGACAAUAAAGAGUUUCUUCAGCUGAACAUACCAGCAACUGAUCACAGGGUAGGCUCGUCUGGUGACUUCAGUGAAACACCUCCACCUCCACCGGGCUUCCCAAAUACAAGUAGGGAAGCUGUUCGAGGUAGCGAACGAACUCCUGUAAUUUCAUCUCCUGCAGGGUCCGACUUCCCGCGCGCCUCCACAAACGAAAGAGUAAACAUUCAAAUCAUUGCCGAUCCUACCAUUGAUCGUCAAACAAGUUUCUCGUCAUCUUCCGCACCUACAAGUCAGAGUCAAUUAACACAACCUAUAUUAGAUCCAACAAGCUCUUCUAUAUCUUCCGUGGAAACUGCUGUGUCUACUCAGCCAUUUUAUGUGCCUGCGGUUCCAGAUUUCAAUCAAGAAACGCUGUAUACGACGGCUGAAUCUUCUCAAUCGGUGACAUCAAAUCUAUUAGAUCCUGAUAUUUCAUUGGCGCAGACCUUAGUCGCGGGUGCCAGUUGUUCACAUCCCGCCGAUCCUGAAAAUAAGGAAGAUCUUGUGGACCCCGCUUUGCUAGCUGAAAUACUGCAGUUGGGAUUUGAAGAAUCUAUUGCUGUCUUAGCUCUAUCAAAAACGAAAGAAAUCGGUGGAGCUGAAGCAGCGAUAAAUUGGAUCUUAGAACAUAGCAACGAAAGUGAUUUUGAAUCGGACGAAGAACAAAAUUCAAUGGGCGGAAUCCAUUCUACAAGUAUCAUAAACAGGCAGCAUAAAAUGGUGUUCGUUGUUAAUAUGAGUCUUAAAAUGGGAGCAGGAAAGUUGGCUGCUCAAGUCGGUCAUGCAACACUCGGUGUUUAUCGGCUUGCGCAGAGAAGCGAAGAUGGGCAACAUGCAUUAGAUGCUUGGAGAAUAUCAGGAGAAAUGAAAGUGGUUGUUAAAGGUCAUAACACUGAGAUGCUUCUCGACUUUUUCAAACAAGCGAAAGACUUGGGUUUAUUUGGUUACAUUGUAUCCGACGCUGGGCGUACACAGAUUCCUGCUGGCUCACGGACUGUUCUUGGCAUCUUUGGUCCAAGUCAUUUAGUUGAUUCAGUUACUGGCGAACUGAAACUUUUAUGA